AUGGGAGCUGGAAGGGCUCUAAUGGUGCUUUUCAAUGAGGGGGGUAAGGUGCUCUACAAGGCAGUGGCAAAGACUAUUUCUGACAUUAUGGUCGGAGACAGAAUGUCAAAGAUGGAGGCUGAGAUGAUUCUAGAUAUAUCACCAAGUACAAGCGAGGACAAGGUGAGAGAAUCGUUUCUUCGAAUGUACUAUGCCAAUGCUAAGGAGAAUGGAGGAUCUCCGUAUAUACAAUCGAAAAUCCUUGGAGCAUACACUGUUCUAUCCGGUACCAGUCCGAGGCUUUUAAAUCUCUUUGAGGUUGAUAGAAGAGCCCGUCAAGAAGAUGAGAGGAAAGCCCCUUGUGCAAAUAAUAAAAGGUUUCAGCUUUGA